UGUCUGGAUAGCAUUCGAGAUGGAUGCUUACUCUUCCUCGUUCAUCUUAAAAUCGCUCCUCGCUGGAGGAGUAGCAGGGAUGUGUGCAAAGACGACAGUUGCACCUUUAGACCGUAUCAAAAUUCUCCUUCAAGCACACAAUAAACAUUAUAAACAUCAUGGGGUAUUUAGCGGUCUCCGAAAUAUAGUAGCACAGGAAAAUUUCUUGGCCCUCUACAAAGGUAAUGGUGCACAAAUGGUCCGGAUUUUCCCCUAUGCGUCGACUCAGUUUACGUCGUUUGAGGUUUACAAGAAGCUCUUGAAUAAUGUAUGGGGCGACACAAAAUACCUGAGCAAAUUCACCUCGGCUGUUGCUGGUUCCUUAGCAGGUGUAACAGCAGUAUUUUUAACGUAUCCCCUUGAUACUAUACGUGCGAGGUUAGCCUUUCAAGUCUCUGGGGAACACAAGUACACUGGUAUCGUUAAUGCUGCGGUAACUAUAUUCCAAACUGAGGGGGGUGCGAGGGCUCUCUACAGAGGCUUCACGGCAACGGUCUGCGGCAUGAUACCCUAUGCUGGGCUGAGUUUCUAUUGUUUUGAGCAGAUGAAAUAUUUUUGUAUGAAGUACCUCCCUGAAUACACAUGCAGCCCAUGUGAGAAAAACACAGGUGGCCUUGUACUCUCAAUCCCGGCCAAACUCCUGUCAGGGGGUCUGGCAGGCGCGGUAGCCCAGAGCUUCUCAUACCCCUUCGACGUCACCCGCAGAAGGAUGCAGCUGGCGUGGAUGACCGAGGAGACAAGGAAGUUUGGAGACAUGGGCAUGGCAGCCACACUGCGGCUGAUCUAUCGGGAGAACGGCAUUACUCGGGGACUCUACCGCGGCAUGAGUAUCAACUACAUGCGCGCGAUUCCAAUGGUGGCCGUGUCCUUCUCCACCUACGAAAUCACCAAGCAGGUCCUAGGGCUUGACACAGGACUCAGGAUCAAGACUGGAUAGGCAAGGUUGUAUUUAAAUGCUGAAGCGGAUUCAGUUGUGAUUGGGCUGGGUCGGGUUGCAAGGAUAUGGAUAUAAGGGCCUAGAUUAGAUCGAGCGUUGAUUUGAGCAGUUGGAUUAGAUCAGAAAAUUGGAUAGAAGUGAUUAAAUAAGAUCAAGAGUUGGUUUGAGUAGUUGGAUUGGAUGGGAUUGGAUCAGAUCUUUGGGUUGUUUUGCAUGGGAUUAGAUCAAAAUGGAUCUCAUGACCCCAGAUUGGAUAGGAUUCGAGAGCCUGUUGCUUUUCAAGGUGAAUGAGAGUGAUAAGGAAAGAAAAGAUGGCGUAUAGGUUCAGUUUUCGAUAUGGACUUGUAAUAACUUUUUUUUUUUUUUUUAAGAGUUUUGCUGAUGUUCAGAAAUGGUUUUGACUUUUAUUGUAAUAAAGUAUGUCAAAUUUUGGAUGGGACUCAUUUUUUAUUUUUGUAUUAUAUAAAGGUUUAAGAACACUCAUUUGUCAUUGCAUUUGUUUUAAUAAACUUUUGUAAGAAUAGUAGGAAAUAAGUGUACACAUAGAUGUAUGUAUUCACUCAUUUUGAUAAGUAGUAAAGAUAAGAUGUAAAGAGAUGCAAUUGGAUUAAAUGCUUAAUAUUAAUUUAGAAAUCAAAUUUUUGUUCGUUCAUGAACACAUUAGGUUGUAGCAAUUUUUGAUGUUUUGUAGUUACGACCCACGUUUUUGGUAUAUUUGACUUCCAUUAGAUUGUAAACGUAAUGCGUACAAAAUUAUUGUUAAGGAAUUAUGUUAUUUGCAAGAGUCCAGUGUGAUUUAAGAUUUUUAUGGUAGAAACAGAAGACUUUGAUAAAAAUACUGAACAUUCUUAAUAACUUUCUUAGCAACAUUAAUAUAUUAUAAUGUGACUGUUGAUGAGUCAGAGUGACUCUGUCUACUAUUAUUAUCAUUAUUGUUAUCUAUUUAUUUAAUUUAUUUAUGAUUACCUCAACAUUACUGGAUCAUCAAUGUUCUUCUGCUUUGUUAACAGAUGUCAUGUAACUAGGUGGUGGCAAUCUUAACUUACUCAAACAUUUGCUCUCUCAAGCACCACUUUCCGUCCAUCAGCUAUUUCUGUAGGGACCUUUUGCUGUGAAACCAUUUGAAUUAUCCUCAUACAUGCUUUAAUUAUUUUCUGUUUGUUAGUUUAUUGUUUUCCAUUGAUUUAUGUAUUUGGAGAGACUUGUUUUUUU